AUGAAGUUGACAAGAUACCUUUCUGUCCUCACCCUCGUGCUAACGGCAAAUGCCGCGGACUGCACCGCGCCAAAUCAGCAAUGGUUUAGUGAUGCUGCAGUGCAAAUGAUGUGGUCAAUUCGGGCUUGGCUAUGCCCCAAUGCGUGGUCACAAUCUAUUACCGCCGGACCAGAUGGGGGCUGGUGUGAUGCGGGUGGCGGCGUCAUCAGUGCCUAUUGGGGAUCCUGGACAAUCUCUGGGAUGCAAUCCGAGCAACAAUGCUGGGAUAUCACUGAGCAAAUCAUCAACCAAUGCAUGUGGUAUGAUUAUGCAUCUACGAGCUAUAACGGCGGAAGUUGGACCUACGGCAACAUCUAUGCUGGUGGUUGGUUCUGGGCUGAUACAAGCAAAAGUUGCUCACAUGCGGUGAAACGGGAUCUGAUGAUCGAAAAUGAGGGACAUGUCAAUUUCACUCUUGCAGAUGGAAGCACCCAGACGGUAGACAGACAGGUCUGGCUGGAUUUUACUGCGGAAGGAACGACAAUAGUCAGGGAGGAGACUUAUGCUUGA